AUGGAAUCAACGAGAGAGGAGCGAUUGCAAAUGCGACAGCGUGGAGCUGGGACGCGCCAAAUUAAAGCUGUUGAUUUCGGCUUCUCCUUUGGAGCUCCAGCGCCUGGACCAGCAGGCUCUGCUUCAAUUUCACUAUUCCCCGAACCCGAGAUUCCGUCGCAAACACAGUCUGCGCCCGCGCCCGCGCCGAGCGCCGCAACGCCGCCACUGAAUGUCUCCUCGCAGCACCAAUCGCAGUCGAUAAGCCAGCCCCAGCGCACACCUGGAAGCGCACGUAAUGAUCUUCCUCGACGGCCCUCGACAUAUGAUAUACCCUCCGAUGAAAGGCCCGAAGAGCCGCGAAGCAAUAAAAGGAGAAAGAUAAACCCUCCUACGACGGAUGACACUCCUACGAAGCAGAGCGGCCGUGAAGCUAGUGGCAAAACCUCAGGGCCAAGUCAGAAUGGCGGCUCGCUGGUACCACAUGCGUCACCAGCCCCCGAGGUAGACGUUUUCAUGCCUGAUGCACCCCAAGACACCCUGAUUGCGCCCGAACCUUCAAUUACAGCAGAGGAUCCCAUACAUAUUGAAGUUCAGGCAGAUGUUGCAGGGGGAAAUGGCGACUCUAGGGCACAGGCUGUCUCUGAAGAGCAAAUUCAAAGUACAACACGAAGUCCGAUGCCGGACGCCACAACAGAGACCAUUGAGAGACGUCCUCGACAGUCUCGAUCACCCAGAGACUUGCUACCCGAAACGCAACCCAUUCCCGAGCCUACCCAUCCCCUAAGCAAGAAGCAGCGUAGAGGCCGAUCACCAACACAAGCCGAAAAGCUUCCAGUGGAGCAAUGGAAAGAACAAAAAAUUCAACCACCGAGAAGCACAUCGCCAUCCUCCCAGGGAAGUCGUCAACUGAAGACAAGGAUUCCGCGACCCAAAGCUACCCCGAUUGAUACCCCUGCCAAUCAACCGGAAACUGCCGUUCAACCAGACCGCAGUGACCUAGAACCCAAACAUGAUGCCGUGGAUGCGAGCCAGAUUCCGUCCGAUAAUGCAGCCCUAGCCCAAAACUUAGCCGAGACGACAAAGAAGACUCGGGGUCGCAAAGGUCGCCAUGAAAAUGGCGAUGGCUUGCCCGCUCAGAUCGUGGAAGAAAGGGUUCCAGAAGUUGAAAAACAGCCGCAAUCUGACAUUACGCAAACCAAGACCCCUUCCAAAGAAAAACGUCCUCGUGGUCGGCCAUCACUUUCUGGAAAGAAACUUGAUAACAAAGCACAAACAGAGCCUGACACAAAACCCGGGCCAUCAAAGCGCCGUGGAAGGCCGUUGCUUUCUGGAAAGAUGCUAGCAAAGGAGCAGGCAGAUCCCCAGCCUGAAUCAGUUGGACCGGCACCAGAUGCAGGAAUCGGCCCAUCCAAGCCGCGCCGUGGAAGACCGUCGCUUUCCGGGAAAGCACAGGAGCCUAGAACAGAGCCCGAAGCGGAGCUUGGAUCGUCAAAGUCUCGUCGGAGACCUGCUAAGAGACAGUCGACAGUAGAACUCGAGUCUACAACCACAGAAGAACAAUCGAAUGCUACGAGUGAGCCUCAACCAGAACCAGAACAGGCUGAACCUGCAUCGAAGGCACGUCGGGGAAGACCUGCGAAGAAUAAGCCGUCAAUAGAAGCAGAGUCCACAGCCCCGGAAGAAGAACCAAAUGCCGAGGAUGAGCCUCAACCAGACCUAGAGCAUGAAUCUGCACCAAAGGGGCGCAGAGGAAGAACCAAGAAAGAUAGAACGGUGGCAGAGGAGUCUACUCCUCCCGAAGAACAACCGAAUAUCGAGGAUGAGACUCAACCAGAGCCAGAGCCCGAGGAACCUGUAUCAAAGGCACGCCGUGGAAGAAAGAAGGGCAAGACGAGAGCGGAUCCUGAAUCCACAAGGGAAGGCGAGGCAGAUUCCGAGGCAGUUCAAGAAAGUCGAAAACCAAGAGAGCCCCGGGGUGAAACAGUUCCUGUUACCGUGCACCGUCUGUUCAACCCUUCAGCCCUCGGUGCAAUGUAUGCGUCAACUGCCUCUGACGAGGACGAAGAAUCUGCCGAUGAGCUCUCAACCCGUCAUAAGACCAAGUUGCCUAGCCGUGGUGGUGUCAACCCCGCCGACGUUUUGAGCCAGAUUUGCCGUGAAACCCUGGAGAAGACGCUCACGGCUCUCAAGAAUGGAAUCGCGAAUGAAACUAACGCACAAAGGCGAGCGGAGUGGACGCGCAAACGAAAGGCCGUUGAAGCCUUCGGCUCUGAACUUGACGGACGUCUGUUAGACCUGAGUGAGAUGCUUGAUAGCAAUUUCGUGCUCGGUGUGCAGCUUAGGAAGACAAAGCGCGACAUGAUGGAUAUGCGGGCCCAUCUCUACAAGGUACGACGGGAACGAGAGAGUAUUGCUCUACAGAUGGAUGCAGUGCGUGCUAGGCAUAUGGAAGAGGAGAAUGCGAAAGCCUCUCGCACCAUCAUCAAUAAUUCCCUUCACAGUCUUGAGCUUGCGUUAGAUCGCAGCCAACACCGUGCUCCAUCUACUACGGAACCAUCUUCGGCAGACUUAGAGUUUAUGCUCCGCACCGUAGCUGAGGAUGUCAGUUGUCGAGCACCAGGAGCCCAAGGAGGACUACUUCACCAGAUUCGCGCAUUUAAUGCGCAACUAGAGACUACGGCUCGAAAUUUAGAACGGUGA